GGGUAGAAGCCAAGGAUGUGCGUAUCAAACAGGGGCGCAACUGCAGGGUUUAAACCCCCGAACGUAAUCACAGAAACUUUCCCGUGCGGCUGCGUCUCCAAAUUGGGGCUCACUGAGACGGCCCAGCCGCGGCCCCGCUCCGGCCGCUCCAGGCCGGGUUUUCGCGCCGCUCGCCGGCCCGCGCGCGGCGGCCUCAGCGCAGCCGCGCGAGGCGCCGAUCCCUCCGCGCCGCCGGGCCGCGCGCCCCUCUCACCCGCGCAGGACAGCGGAGGCGCGCGGCGCGGAGAAAAUAGUGCGCAGCGGAGUGAUCCGGCCGCGGGGGCGGGGCGCCGGGGGCCGUAUAAAGACCGAGCGGGGGGCGAUGCGUGGCGCAGUUGGCGCUGGGGAAAAAUGCAGAUCUUCGUGAAGACCCUGACGGGCAAGACCAUCACCCUUGAGGUCGAGCCCAGUGACACCAUUGAGAAUGUCAAAGCCAAGAUCCAGGACAAGGAGGGCAUUCCCCCUGACCAGCAGAGGCUGAUCUUUGCUGGCAAGCAGCUGGAAGAUGGGCGCACCCUGUCUGACUACAACAUCCAGAAAGAAUCCACUCUGCACUUGGUGCUGCGCCUGCGAGGUGGCAUGCAGAUCUUUGUGAAGACCCUGACGGGCAAGACCAUCACCCUUGAGGUCGAGCCCAGCGACACCAUUGAAAAUGUCAAAGCCAAGAUCCAGGACAAGGAGGGCAUUCCCCCUGACCAGCAGAGGCUGAUCUUUGCUGGCAAGCAGCUGGAAGAUGGCCGUACCCUGUCUGACUACAACAUCCAGAAAGAAUCCACCCUGCAUCUGGUGCUGCGCCUCAGGGGUGGCAUGCAGAUCUUUGUGAAGACCCUGACUGGCAAGACCAUCACUCUGGAAGUCGAGCCCAGCGACACCAUUGAAAAUGUCAAAGCCAAGAUCCAGGACAAGGAGGGCAUUCCCCCUGACCAGCAGAGGCUGAUCUUUGCUGGCAAGCAGCUGGAAGAUGGCCGUACCCUGUCUGACUACAACAUCCAGAAGGAGUCAACCCUGCAUCUGGUGCUGCGCCUCAGGGGUGGCAUGCAGAUCUUUGUGAAGACCCUGACUGGCAAGACCAUCACUCUGGAAGUCGAGCCCAGCGACACCAUUGAAAAUGUCAAGGCCAAGAUCCAGGACAAGGAGGGCAUUCCCCCUGACCAGCAGAGGCUGAUCUUUGCUGGCAAGCAGCUGGAAGAUGGCCGUACCCUGUCUGACUACAACAUCCAGAAGGAGUCAACCCUGCAUCUGGUGCUGCGCCUCAGGGGUGGCAUGCAGAUCUUUGUGAAGACCCUGACUGGCAAGACCAUCACUCUGGAAGUCGAGCCCAGCGACACCAUUGAAAAUGUCAAAGCCAAGAUCCAGGACAAGGAGGGCAUUCCCCCUGACCAGCAGAGGCUGAUCUUCGCUGGCAAGCAGCUGGAAGAUGGCCGUACCCUGUCUGACUACAACAUCCAGAAGGAGUCAACUCUGCACCUUGUUCUGCGCCUGCGGGGUGGUAACUGAACCAGCAGUUUGUUGCUUCCAAAUAAAAGGUUCCCUGCACUUGUUCAUUCCAAUAAAGCUGUUGCAUCUGUAAA